GUGUCGCUCUCGCUUGUGGAUGAUAGCUUGGCAGCGCUCGUGUCGCUCUCAAGGCAGACCCUUUUGAUUCCCCUCCUUCGCCCAUUCGACUCGCUUUGUCUCGAUGUCCCUGCUGGAUCGUCCCAACGCUGAUUCCCCACUUUGGAUCCCUCUCUACGAGUUUGCUUUGCUGGCUUUUGAGUGUUACAGCUUACCGUGUUUCCUCUUAGCCACGUUGCUGAACCGCCUUUGUGCAGUUCCUUUCAAGAAUUCAGGGUAUGAUUGUACUUCAGACAGCUUACUGCAAGCAGUUUAGAUGGUUUGGGCAAGGCGAGUGUGCCACUGAAUACGGAAUGAAGAGGGAGACGGC